AUUAUGUGUCGUGGUAUCGUUAUAUCAUUUGCUUUUAUAAAUCGAAAAGUGGCUGGUCAUUAUUUCUUCUUAUAGAUUGUUAUCGCCAAUCCAGAAAAAUAUGAUCAGCAAAGCAUUUCUCCUUCUAAGUAUUUCAUUCAAAAUUGUGAAUUCAGACAUAUCAUGUUCAACAGAGCCAAAAUGUAAUUGUAUCAUUCUUGAAGAUGGGAUAUAUGCAGACUGUAUGGACAAACAGUUAAACUCAUCACCUACGUUCAACGAAAACGUCACAUCAAUCAAUCUUAGUUUCAAUUAUUUAACUUAUCCUCCCUCAAACGAGAAUUUACCAGAAUGUUUACAAAAGUUGAAUGUUUCUAACAAUUUUAUCGAUACCUUAUCGUUUGAUUUAGAAAGAAUGUUAUUUUGGAAAAUAACCGGACUUCAAUUUUUAGAUUUAUCAUCAAAUAAACUUUUAAUAGAUGGAACUUUCUUUUUUCCAAAUAUUUUUUCAAAUUUCUCGCUCUUAGAAUUGCUUGAUAUAUCUGGAAAUGUUAUUCCCGAAAAUGGAUUUCCAGAAUUCGAUACAGUGAUGGCUCCAUUGAUUUCUCUGCGAUUUCUGUCGGUCGAUAUUUUUGAUAAUAUAACGUUCGGUAAAAGCUUUGAGAAAAUAUUGAAUCUAAAGUCACUUAAACUCGCUGGUGUUUGCAACACUUCACGGACUUUUAUUAUUACGGAAGAUUUUUUCUUUUAUCUUCCUUUUCUUGAAUAUCUUGAUGUUUCCACUCUAGAAGUGUGGACAAAUUUUUACGAUAGUUACAAUAGCCUUUGUUAUUGUUCCUUGACAAGUAUUCACAGAGGAGCUAUAGGAAAACUGGCUCAUUUGAAAUAUCUUGACAUAUCUAAUAACCGAUAUCUUGGACUCUGUGGAUUACGUAAUAUAACUAAUGACCUAGAUCUAACAAGCAUAGAAAUAUUUAGAGCUAAUAAAUUGUAUUGUCAGGACAGCAGAUCAGUCACAUUGUAUUGCGAUGAUAUAUUAAAUUUGCGAAAUACCUCCCUCCAAGAACUUUAUAUUGAUGGAAAUAAUAUCGCAAUUGGACAGCCAGGAAUACUUACUUACUUGCCAUCGUCUCUGUUAGUCCUUAGUAUUAGGGAAAACCGUUGGGUUGCUGGAUUAUACACCUGGUCGCCAUAUGAUAAUUUGAUUAACUUAGUUCGCAUUGAUAUAAGUAAUAUAAAUAAUCAUGAAAUGUCCCAAUCCGAUUCAGCACAUUAUCCUUGUUGUUUACAUUUUCUAGAAGAUGUCUCAUGCGAGAAAUCGAGGAUCAAGAACGUGAAAGGCGAUAAUACUAGUGGUUCAUGUUCUUACACCCCACAACACUACAACGAUGAUAUUCAAAGUAGAAAGUCAAUUGACAUUUUCAAAAAUCCAGAUCCUUGGAGGUGUUUUUAUCCGCUUGGAGAUGCUGACGUCCACUAUAUAAUGGUUCCUGAAAAUGUAAAGUCAAUUAUAAUGAAUAAUUCAAGAUUGGGGUAUGCAAUUCGUUGGACAAUAUUCAAUACCCUGUCCAUCAUUAAUCUUACCCUAAGCAAUAAUCAAUUCUAUAGUUUUAUUGGUCCUAUAUGUAACGCGACAAAUCUCAAGUUUCUUGAUCUUUCAGGUAACAAAUGCUCUAGCCUUACUCCAUAUUUCCUUAAUUCAUUACCGUCACUAGAAACUCUUUUACUGAAUGAUAAUCUGUUAGGUCUAGCUGGAACACUUCAAAACCAAAAAGCUUUCUUUGUUUUUGGGUCUCUGACUAAUCUUCUAUAUUUAGAUUUAUCCUCAAACAAACUCUCGUUACUUUCAAAAAAUAUUUUUUGGAAUUUGCAGAAAAUAAAACUAAUAAGUUUAAAAGACAAUUUGCUAACGGAUUUUGAUAUAAACAUAAAGCAUAUGCCAGAUCUGACAUUCUUAGAUUUAUCUGAAAACCAAAUUAUUUACUUAUCAAAUGACGCAAUAGAUGGCAUUAGUCAACGUACGAGCAGGAAUUUGAAAAUUGACCUUUCCAAAAAUCCUUUUAUGUGUUCUUGUAAUUCUCUUAAAUUUCUGAAAUGGUUACAAAAAAAUCAACAUGUAUUUAAGGGUUUUUCUAAAUACCAAUGUUCAAAUGCUACAAAUUAUGAAACUUUAAUAGAUGCUGUUAUAUCUCUUGACAAAAUUUGUUCUUCAUAUAUUGUUUUGAUUAUUGCAAUUUUGCUUCUGAUUAUUGCAUUUUUGGUUUGUUUCAUAAUAGCUAUAAUAUACAAAAACAGAUGGAAGAUAAAAUACUGGUACUAUAUUGCAAAACGUAAUUAUUUUCAACAUGACUAUCUGCGUUUGGAAGAUAGACAAAACUACAAAUUUGAUGCGUUUCUUUCUUACGCUGAUGAGGAACGUAUUUUCGCUACUGGCGAACUGACGACAAAACUGGAAGAGAAUGAGAAUUUUCGUCUAUGCAUUCAUGAACGGGAUUUUAUUCCCGGCUGCGAUAUCGCUGACAAUAUCAUAAAUGCUAUCCAUAAUAGUCGUAAAGUAAUUUUCAUAGUAACUCCUUUCCUUAAGUCAAAAUGGUGUAUAUAUGAAUUGAAUAUGGCUUAUAUGGAAUAUGUUGUGUCCAGGCAAGGUGUAAAUUGUAUGAUUAUGGUAAUAAAGGAGAAAAUUAAAGAAAGAGACAUUCCUAGAAACAUGUAUGAUAUCAUGAAAGAUGAGAGCUACUUAACAUUUCCGGAUGAUGAGGAAGACGAAGCGGCUUUUUGGGAACGUUUGAUCGAUUCCUUGAGGUAGAUUUGAUCUUGAGAAAGAGUAAAUAUGUGUGUGUGGGGGGGGGGGGGGGAUGAGAAAGAGGGAACACUCAUAGACGUUAUUAAAGUUUUCUUUCCAUGGAUGUUGUAAACAGUGCAUAACAAUUAGUAAAUGUAUUUUAGUUUGUAAUGUGAUUCAGUGUGGCUGUUAUAAACAUUGGUAGCUAAAUGUAGACUUUUACAUUGAUUAACUUUCUGUGUUUUUUUUUUAGAUAACAUAAGAAUAGGGAGAUGUGGUAUGAUUGCCAAUAAGAUAACGUUUGUUUUAAGUUUAGCCAAAAACUCCUGCUAGUUUUUAUUCUAUCGAACAUCAAAUUUAUAGGACACAUGGCACGAAUUUUUAUUUAUUGAAAUUCGUCCUGACUUUGAUUGAUAAAUUAUAAUUUCAUUGUUUAAUUAUUAUGUGAUGGAAUGUUUAUUUUUUCAAAAUCUAACAAUUUGAUAAAAAAAAAGUUGAACACCCUGUCAAAAUGUUUUUUUAAAGAUUUUACUAUUUUGUUAUUGUACACAAUGGCUUAAAUAUUAAUCUCAAGAAACUUAUUGAUGGAUGUUAGAAUUAUAUUUCAAAAUGGAGUUUGGUAUUUUCUAGAAUUAUCACCGUUUGAUUUUGAUAUCAGACCUAUGGUAUUUUUAAUUAAUUCAUCUAAACGUCGUUUUGUUCUAGGGAUAUGAAGAGCCCGACACAUGUUUCAUCUAUCAUCAAAUGUUAGGAAAAGGGCCUCGAUGGCCGAGUGUUCUAAGUAGUCGAACUACUGAACCACUAUCCAGUAAACACGAAGAUGCGAGUUCGAAUCCCGCACGGGGCAGGUGCACUCAACUCCAAUCUUAAUUGACUGGAUUGUCAGUUUUCCUGCCGAAGGUCGGUGGUUCUCUCCGGUCACUCCGGCUUUCUCCACCAAUAAAAACUGACCGCCACGAAAUAGCACAAUAGUGUUGGAAGUGGCGUUAAACACCAAUCAAUCAAUCAAUCGUAUGUUAGGAAAUGACAUCACAAUAUAAUCAAUGUUGAAAUAAUGAUUAUGCUUCAAUAAGUAGUAAACAAUAUUUGAGCAUUGAUAUUAAACAUCUGUACAUGCGUUGUAAUAGUAAUGAAAACGUUUUUGAUUUUCAAAACAAGUUUAAGUCAGGAGCCUUUAGUUCAGUGGGUGUUGUUGCAAUUGGUGCAUGUCUGUCAUAUUUGCUUUCUUAAAUUGUUUUGUUAUAUAUUAUGUCGUUAGUUAGUUGACGGCCAUACGGUAGCCUAUAAUUGUUUACAUCCACUUUAUUUGAACUUUGAUGGAUAGUUGUCUCAUUGGCAAUCAUACCACAUCUCUUUACUUUUAUAUUCAGAUGUAUUGGCGAUAACAAUAUGUCCACUCAUGGAAUUAGAUAGGAUAGAAGCAGAUUAUGAUACUUUGGCUAUGCUUUGAACUUUAUGGUGGACAUUUGAUAAGCUUAGGGUAUAUUUCAUAUAUUAAAAAAAAAAUAACUUCAUGAUAUAUUAUCAUUUCUUGCAUUUUUUAACUGAUAAAUAUUUGUUUAAUUACUAAUAAGACAUAUGUUGUCAUACUGCAUACUAGUUUUAAUUGUUUUUUAUUUUGUAAUUCAAGCUACUAUGUUUUCUUUUUCCUAUAUUUCUUUCUUUAUGUUACAAGAUAUAUAUAGCAGAAAGUUACCUAAUAUUUGUUAUAAAGAUUAUUAACUCAUCAUAGUUACCGGGAUUAAACUUUCUUCGGAAAAUGCCUGUACCAAGUCAAGAAUAUGACAGUUUUUUUUUUUCAUUCGUUCCGUUGGUUGAUAGCGUGUGAUUUUGUCAGUUUUUAUGGACUUCCCCUUUUUUAAUUAACCUUGGAGUUUGGUAUUUUUGUUCGCCAGACGCGCAUUUCAUCUGCAAAAGAUUUAUCAGUAACGCAUGAAUCAAACAAGUUUAAAAGGCACAUUAUGUAAGUAAGAAUAUGUUGUGUUUAUUAUUUUUGAGAGAAACUUAGCAUUUCUAUAAUGCUAACUAGUGUUUAUAUCUACCUGUUUUACUAAUGAUGUUUACCUUUAAACUUAGCAUUUCUAUAAUGCUAACUAGUGCUUAAAUCUACCUUCUUUACUAAUGAUGUUUACCUUUAAACUUAGCAUUUCUAUAAUGCUAACUAGUGCUAACAUCUACCUGUUUUACUAAUGGUGUAUACCUUUAAACUAAGCAUUUCUAUAAUGCUAACUAGUGCUAACAUCUACCUGUUUUACUAAUGAUGUAUACCUUUAAACUUAGCAUUUCUAUAAUGCUAAUAUAACUAGUGCUCAUAUUUACCUGUUUUGCUAUUGUUGUUUACCUACAAUAUUUUUACAAUUUUAGUUCGUGUAAAUGUCAAGUCUGCAUAGUAGUAUGAGUUUCUAUUUCACCAUGUCCAUAAUUAGAUGAGAUUAAAUCAGAUAAUAGGUGUAAAAAGUGUGAUACUUGCGUACCUGAAAUCACCCCAGUUUUUGGUGGGGUUAGUGUUGCUCAGUCUAUAUUUUUUAUGUUGUAUUUUGUGUUCUGUUCUUUGUCUGUUGGUCUUUUUCUGUUCUAGCCAUUGCGUUGUUAGUUUAUUUUCGACUUAUGAGUUUCAUUGUUCUUUUGGUAUCUUUCGCCUCAAUUUUGCAUUACACUGCAAGCGAACUUAAGUCACAAGUAAAUUUACCUCCAUUGAUAUGUUUGAAAUUUUACAUUGAGAAUUUUCAGGAUCGAUUAUGAUUAUUAACCGCUUUAUGAUAAUAAAUUCCUGAAUUAUAAUUAUGCAUUUAUGAGAAUCCACACUCAGUUUAAAUGUCACCAUUUGGAAUAAGACACAUUCUGUAAAUUUACAGAUCAGACGACUAUUUUGAUUUCUAAAGAUCUAUAACCGCGAAUCAUGUCGCUAGUGUGUUGCGACACUGACGAAAUAUUGCAGUCAUCGCGUUUGUCAUAGUUUCUAGUUUGAAGUCGUCUAUAUGUGUAUUCCUAAUCUAAAGUUCUCAGGAAUAUAUGAAAUGCAGGCACUCCCUGAAAUAUUGGUUACUGAGUGAUACGACAUCAUCAAUAUAUAUUCAAUUUGUAUUAAACCUUGUUUUAUAACAAUCAUAUUUAUCAUCAAUAACCAAUUAGUUUGUUAAUCUAUUUAGUUUAUAAUAUUUAUAAUAUUGUAUUGUAUAUUGUUUUGUUAUAACGAUGAUUAUUCUUCUCAAUAAUGGAGUAAUGGGGGCCGUGAUCGUGAUUGGUAUAAAAAAGUAUCUUGUAUCUGAUUUAAAUUAAAUAAAUUUGAAAGUUG